GUUCCCGAAAGCGGCGCUGUGGCCCCGCCCCCGGAGCCCCGGCUGGAGGAAGAACCUGUCUCCCGCGGCGCCCCAGUGACGAAGCCCAUCUUCGGGUGCGGGAGGCGGGGAAGGGAGGGCAGGCAGAGGAUUUCGCUCCUCAGUGCGAGAUCGGGACGUGCUGCCGGCGCCCGCUCCGAGCAGAGACUGUCAGUUUCGGAUCCAGCGAUGGUGAUGGCAAAGCUUACCCGGGUUCUCUGUCAAAUCAAAGCUGUCACAGAAUAAAUCCCAUUGCCUGCUGCGAAGCCCCCACGCACUGCAAACUUCAGGGAGCGAACUGGGUAAUCAGUGUUUGGAUAUGCAGAUCCCUGAUUUAAAAGGUGGGGUGACCCCCCCAAGAACCUCUCCUGGGGGCCGAAGCCUGCAGGUGCAGUGAGGCGCGCGCGUGCGAGUGCUGGCGCCCGCGAAGACGCCUUGCCCGGGGAGAGGGAGCCGGGGCGCCCGGCGGGGUCUGGCGGCCGCGCACCGGCGGCUUGUCUCCGGCGGCGGCGGCGGCGGCGGCGGAUGAUGGUGGCAGCGGGCGCACUGGGCUGUGUCUGUGCGUCGCCGCGGAAAUCAGCGCCCGGCGCUGCACACUGAGCCCUUGCAGGUCCUCCGCAGCCCGAGUCUUGGCGAGGACAGACCCGGAGCGCGGGGGCCGGGGGGCGCGUGGGGUCGGCUUAUCAUGGCGGAUCGGACAGCUCCCAGCUGCCAGCUCCGGCUGGAGUGGGUGUACGGGUACCGGGGUCACCAGUGCCGCAACAACCUGUACUACACGGCCGGCAAGGAGGUGGUCUACUUUGUGGCUGGGGUCGGGGUGGUUUACAACACCCGAGAGCACAGCCAAAAAUUCUUCUUGGGACACAACGACGACAUUAUCAGCCUUGCCUUACACCCAGAUAAAACUCUCGUUGCAACUGGCCAAGUUGGGAAGGAGCCAUAUAUAUGUAUAUGGGAUUCCUAUAACGUCCAGACUGUGUCUAUUCUUAAAGAUGUCCAUACACAUGGAGUCGCCUGCCUGGCUUUCGAUUCAGAUGGACAGCAUUUGGCCUCUGUGGGAUUGGAUGCCAAAAACACAGUCUGCAUUUGGGACUGGAGGAAGGGAAAACUUCUGGCUUCCGCCACCGGCCACUCCGACCGGAUUUUUGAUAUUUCCUGGGAUCCAUAUCAGCCAAACAGAGUGGUUAGCUGUGGAGUAAAACAUAUAAAGUUUUGGACACUCUGUGGAAAUGCCCUGACUGCAAAAAGAGGGAUAUUUGGCAAAACAGGGGAUCUUCAGACCAUCCUUUGCCUUGCAUGUGCCAAAGAAGACAUCACCUAUUCUGGUGCUUUAAAUGGAGACAUCUAUGUCUGGAAAGGGCUCAAUUUAGUCCGCACCAUCCAAGGAGCACACAGUGCUGGAAUCUUUAGCAUGUAUGCUUGUGAAGAAGGCUUUGCCACUGGUGGACGAGAUGGGUGUAUUCGAUUAUGGGAUACUGAUUUCAAACCAAUAACCAAAAUUGAUCUCAGGGAGACAGAACAAGGAUAUAAAGGCCUCUCUAUCCGGAGUGUGUGCUGGAAAGCAGACCGCCUUCUAGCAGGGACCCAGGACAGUGAGAUAUUUGAAGUGAUCGUGCGCGAACGAGACAAGCCGAUGCUGAUCCUGCAAGGCCACUGUGAGGGGGAGCUCUGGGCUCUGGCCCUGCACCCCAAGAAGCCACUGGCUGUGACAGGCAGUGAUGAUCGCUCUGUCAGGCUGUGGAGCCUGGCUGACCAUGCCUUGAUCGCCCGCUGUAACAUGGAGGAAGCAGUUCGCAGUGUGGCCUUCAGCCCCGAUGGAUCUCAGCUGGCCCUGGGCAUGAAGGAUGGCUCUUUCAUUGUGCUCCGAGUCAGAGAUAUGACAGAAGUGGUUCAUAUCAAAGAUCGAAAAGAAGUCAUUCAUGAAAUGAAAUUUUCUCCAGAUGGCUCUUACCUCGCGGUGGGAUCCAAUGACGGCCCAGUGGAUGUGUAUGCCGUUGCCCAGCGGUAUAAGAAAAUUGGAGAAUGCAGCAAGUCCCUUAGUUUCAUCACCCACAUUGAUUGGUCUUUGGAUAGCAAAUACUUGCAGACCAAUGACGGCGCAGGAGAACGCCUGUUCUACAAGAUGCCGUCUGGGAAGCCUUUAACAAGUAAAGAAGAAAUCAAAGGGAUUCCCUGGGCCUCCUGGACUUGUGUGAAAGGCCCUGAAGUGAGUGGAAUUUGGCCAAAGUACACUGAUGUUACUGACAUCAAUUCAGUGGAUGCAAAUUACAACAGCUCCGUGCUGGUUUCUGGCGAUGAUUUUGGACUGGUUAAAUUGUUUAAAUUUCCUUGUCUCAAGAAAGGAGCCAAAUUUAGAAAGUAUGUGGGCCAUUCUGCACAUGUCACAAAUGUCCGCUGGUCCCAUGACUUUCAAUGGGUAUUGAGCACAGGAGGGGCUGACCACUCAGUUUUCCAGUGGAGAUUUGUUCCAGAAGGUGUCAGCAACGGUCUGCUGGAAACUGCACCCCAGGAAGGUGGCACUGAUUCCUACAGCGAAGAAUCUGAUUCGGAUUUAUCUGACGUGCCGGAAUUGGACUCUGAUAUUGAGCAAGAAACUCAAAUCAAUUAUGAUCGCCAGGUUUACAAAGAAGAUCUACCUCAGCUAAAGCAACAAAGUAAAGAGAAAAACCAUGCAGUGCCCUUCCUCAAAAGAGAAAAGGCUCCUGAGGACAGCUUGAAACUCCAGUUCAUACACGGUUACAGAGGCUACGACUGUAGAAAUAAUCUGUUCUACACGCAAGCUGGAGAAGUGGUCUAUCACAUUGCUGCAGUUGCCGUGGUGUACAACAGACAGCAACACUCCCAGAGGCUGUACCUGGGGCACGAUGAUGACAUUCUCAGCCUGACCAUCCAUCCAGUGAAGGACUAUGUGGCCACUGGGCAGGUUGGAAGAGAUGCUGCUAUUCAUGUGUGGGACACACAAACUCUAAAAUGUUUGUCGCUAUUGAAAGGACAACACCAGAGGGGAGUGUGUGCGCUCGAUUUUUCAGCUGAUGGAAAAUGUCUGGUGUCGGUUGGUUUAGACGAUUUUCACAGUAUUGUGUUUUGGGACUGGAAAAAGGGAGAAAAAAUAGCCACCACAAGAGGGCAUAAAGACAAGAUAUUUGUGGUUAAGUGUAACCCACACCAUGUUGACAAACUGGUUACAGUUGGGAUGAAGCAUAUCAAAUUCUGGCAACAAGCAGGUGGGGGCUUCACCUCUAAAAGAGGAAUUUUUGGAAGUGCUGGAAAAUUGGAAACAAUGAUGUGUGUUUCUUAUGGGCGAAUGGAAGAUCUAGUGUUCUCAGGAGCAGCUACUGGAGAUAUUUUUAUUUGGAAAGAUAUUCUACUACUAAAGACAGUGAAAGCUCAUGAUGGGCCUGUGUUUGCUAUGUAUGCAUUGGAUAAGGGUUUUGUAACAGGUGGAAAGGAUGGAAUUGUGGAACUCUGGGAUGAUAUGUUUGAAAGAUGCUUGAAGACUUACGCCAUUAAAAGAGCAGCAUUGUCAACCAGCUCAAAAGGCUUGCUUUUGGAAGAUAACCCUUCAAUUCGUGCCAUCACUUUGGGACAUGGACAUAUCCUGGUGGGAACAAAAAACGGGGAGAUCCUGGAAAUUGAUAAAAGUGGCCCAGUGACGCUGCUUGUUCAGGGGCACAUGGAGGGAGAAGUAUGGGGUCUGGCAGCCCACCCUCUCCUGCCCAUCUGCGCAACGGUGAGUGAUGAUAAAACACUUCGGAUCUGGGAAUUAUCCUCCCAGCACCGUAUGCUGGCUGUUCGAAAACUCAAAAAAGGGGGAAGAUGCUGUGCCUUCUCCCCUGAUGGGAAAGCCUUAGCAGUUGGCUUGAAUGAUGGGAGUUUCCUGGUCGUAAAUGCUGACACUGUUGAAGACAUGGUCUCCUUCCAUCACAGAAAAGAAAUGAUCUCUGAUAUUAAAUUUUCAAAAGAUACAGGAAAAUACCUUGCUGUGGCCUCCCAUGAUAACUUUGUGGAUAUUUACAACGUCCUUACAAGCAAACGCGUUGGCAUCUGUAAAGGGGCUUCUAGUUAUAUUACACAUAUUGACUGGGACUCAAGAGGAAAAUUACUGCAGGUUAAUUCGGGUGCCAAAGAACAGCUCUUUUUUGAAGCUCCAAGAGGCAAACGGCAUAUAAUAAGACCUUCAGAGAUCGAGAAAAUCGAGUGGGACACAUGGACGUGCGUCCUGGGGCCCACCUGCGAGGGCAUCUGGCCCGCGCAUAGUGACGUGACUGAGGUCAAUGCGGCCAGUCUUACCAAAGACUGUUCCCUCCUAGCAACUGGAGAUGAUUUUGGCUUUGUUAAGCUUUUCUCCUAUCCCGUCAAGGGCCAGCAUGCAAGAUUCAAGAAGUAUGUGGGGCACAGCGCGCACGUCACCAAUGUGAGGUGGCUGCACAGCGACUCUGUGCUGCUCACGGUUGGUGGUGCCGACACCGCCUUGAUGAUCUGGACGAGGGAGUUUGUGGGGACCCAAGAGAGCAAACUGGUGGAUAGCGAGGAGUCGGACACAGACGCGGAAGAGGAUGGAGGCUAUGACAGUGACGUUGCUAGAGAGAAGGCCAUUGAUUACACCACCAAGAUCUAUGCAGUGAGCAUCAGGGAGAUGGAAGGCACCAAACCACACCAGCAGCUGAAAGAAGUUUCGGUGGAAGAAAGACCACCCGUUAGCAGAGCAGCUCCCCAGCCUGAGAAACUCCAGAAGAACAAUAUCACCAAAAAAAAGAAACUGGUUGAGGAGCUGGCUCUCGAUCACGUGUUUGGCUACAGGGGAUUCGACUGUCGCAACAACCUGCAUUACCUGAAUGACGGCGCGGACAUCAUCUUCCACACGGCGGCGGCUGGCGUGCUGCAGAACCUGGCCACGGGGAGCCAGAGCUUCUACCUCGAGCACACGGAUGACAUCCUCUGCCUCACGGUGAACCAGCACCCCAAGUACAGAAAUGUGGUGGCCACCAGCCAGAUAGGGACGACGCCUUCAAUCCACAUCUGGGACGCCAUGACCAAACACACCCUCUCGAUGCUGCGGUGCUUCCACUCGAAAGGGGUGAAUUACAUCAACUUCAGUGCCACCGGGAAGCUCCUGGUGUCGGUGGGAGUGGACCCCGAGCACACCAUCACCGUCUGGCGUUGGCAGGAAGGCGCCAAGGUUGCCAGCCGAGGGGGUCACCUGGAGCGCAUAUUUGUGGUGGAAUUUCGCCCCGACUCAGACACCCAAUUUGUGUCCGUCGGGGUCAAACAUAUGAAGUUCUGGACCCUGGCAGGCAGCGCCCUGCUUUACAAGAAAGGGGUCAUCGGGUCCAUGGAAGCUGCCAAGAUGCAGACGAUGCUCUCCGUGGCCUUCGGUGCUAACAACCUCACUUUCACGGGUGCCAUCAAUGGAGACGUCUACGUGUGGAAGGACCACUUCCUCAUCCGGCUGGUGGCCAAGGCUCACACAGGCCCCGUCUUCACAAUGUACACAACCCUUCGGGACGGACUCAUAGUGACCGGUGGCAAAGAGCGGCCGACCAAAGAAGGAGGUGCCGUGAAACUGUGGGACCAGGAGAUGAAGCGCUGCCGAGCCUUCCAGCUGGAGACAGGCCAGCUGGUGGAGUGUGUGCGUUCCGUGUGCCGGGGCAAAGGAAAAAUUUUAGUAGGAACCAAAGAUGGAGAAAUAAUUGAAGUUGGUGAAAAAAAUGCUGCUUCCAACAUCCUGAUUGAUGGACACAUGGAAGGGGAGAUCUGGGGCCUGGCCACACACCCCUCCAAGGACAUCUUCAUCUCUGCCAGCAACGACGGCACGGCCCGCAUCUGGGACCUGGCUGACAAGAAGCUGCUCAACAAGGUGAACCUGGGCCAUGCGGCCAGGUGUGCAGCCUACAGCCCCGAUGGGGAGAUGGUGGCCAUCGGCAUGAAGAAUGGGGAGUUUGUCAUCUUGCUGGUGAACAGCCUCAAAGUCUGGGGGAAAAAACGAGACCGGAAAUCUGCUAUCCAGGAUAUCAGAAUCAGCCCAGACAGCAGAUUCUUAGCUGUUGGUUCUUCUGAACACACAGUUGACUUCUAUGACCUCACUCAGGGCACAAGCCUGAAUCGCAUUGGCUACUGCAAAGAUAUUCCAAGCUUUGUCAUUCAGAUGGAUUUCUCAGCGGAUGGCAGAUACAUCCAGGUGUCAACAGGAGCCUACAAGCGCCAGGUGCAUGAGGUCCCCCUGGGGAAGCAGGUCACCGAAGCCAUGGUCAUCGAGAAGAUCACCUGGGCCUCCUGGACAAGCGUUCUGGGGGACGAAGUCAUUGGCAUCUGGCCACGAAAUGCAGACAAGGCUGAUGUCAACUGCGCGUGUGUGACCCAUGCUGGCCUCAACAUUGUCACCGGAGAUGACUUUGGGCUAGUGAAGCUCUUUGAUUUUCCAUGCACAGAAAAAUUUGCCAAACAUAAGCGUUACUUCGGCCACUCAGCUCACGUGACGAACAUCCGUUUCUCUCAUGACGACAAGUAUGUGGUCAGCACUGGAGGAGAUGACUGCAGUGUGUUUGUGUGGCGAUGUCUGUAAAUGCCAGAAACCUCUUUCUCGCUGCUGCUGCCCGCCCGCCAGCCACCGCGGAGGCACGCAGGGGCCCCUCCGUGCCCACAGCGCUGCAGGCCACACGAGCGCCACGUGCCAGCGAAGCGGGGUGACCGCCCCAUCCUCUGCGGAACUGUGCUGCCCGGAAGGUCAGUUCUCACAUGGGAGGAGUGCUUGCCUCUGUUCGUGACACGACACAAAAAGUCCUCUCUGACCAUGUAGCCCACCGACAGAAUUUAAAGCCUCAGUUACCCUAACCAAUAUGUAGCUUUUAAUUUGCAUCAGAACUUUUACAAAGGAUGUUUUGCUAUUCUGUUUCUAUAUACUUUAAAAAUGUUCAUUUUUACCAAUGAGUUGAACAAGACCGCUUCAGUUAGAUGCACCUAAGCAUUAGAACUACCGAUAGCCUCAGUUCUCCACAUUUAGCUUUCAAAACCAAAUGAGCCAUGUAUAAACAAGUUGAGAAACUUAAUUUUUUAAUGUUUCAUUUGCAGAGUUUUAUAUCCAUUAAGUGCCUUUGAAAGUUUCCAGUUGUGUGGGCUGUCUCACCUCCCACAGAUAUUCUCCUUUCUACAUAUGGUGCUAAAACUUCAAAACUGAGGAGGGCUACAGGACCCUUAACAGAUUCCUGGUCUGUCACCCAUGUCAUGUGUUUAUGUCCCGGCUUCCUAAAUGCAAGACACCGGUUACCUGCUUGGGAAAUAGUGGCAGGUGAGCAGCAAAGAAACUGAAAUUCAGGAGGGAGGGGGUAGAAAUGGGUUUUCACAGUUCAGUGCCAAACCUACAAAAUCCAAAUAGAAGUAAAAUAAACCGCUACUACAAAAUAGAAGGGGGGGGGGAGCUCAAGUGGGUCUAGGAGGAUGAACCCUUAAUCCUAAAAUGGUAAUAAAUGAGGUGACCCAAGGCUGCAUUGGGUCUUCCCCCCCGCCCCCCCCGAGUGGGGCUGACUUGACCCCAUGGAUUUGUUCAGGUGAGCUAUAUAGGUCAAGUCCAGAUAAAAAGAAAAAAACAAAAAAAAACCCCUGCUGAACAAAUUCCUAAGCCCAAGCAAUAUUUGAUAAGAUUAUAGAACAAAAUAAGCUAGCUUAGAGAGUUCCUCAGAGCUGGCUGGAUGACAGAAAAUGUGACCUGGACAAUAUUAAUCAGAAGAUAGCCCUACCCCGUCUCAGUCAUACUUCACAUGUGGCUCACCGCUGACCCCAGGAGGGGCGGCCCACACACGCCUCGAGGAAGGCCAGUGAGGGACCGGGGACUCUGAGCACACAGACACCAAUUAGCCCUUCCCGUCAGUGAAGCAAAAUUCUGGGGCUUGAGUUCCUGGCUAUUGGCAGUUGUCAGUUUAGAGAAAGGUGAAAUGAAGCAUUUUCAGUUAAACAGACUAAUAUUUACCCCAGAAGUGCUUCUGCAUUCUAAGUGGAUUAGAUCACUCAUGAAGCUAUUUUUAUAUGCCCAGUUAUGAAUGCCUUACGUUAAUCCCCUGAUAGGCUGUUGGGUCCCCCGUUUGAGCCCCUGUGCAGUCCUAACUCUGUUUUCUGUAACCCUGUGACGCUGAGUGUUAACCAUGUCUGCCUCUACUGUACACCUGACCUUUCAUAAUAAUCAGACCUUGCAUUGAAAUAACCAUGUGGAAGAAGAAAUUGAUCAAUGAGGGUAUAUACAAACUAUAUUUACAGAGCAAUAGUGUCUGUGUCAAGAAACUUCUUAAAUCUUAUUUGUAAACAUUUAUAUGGUAUGAGUUUAUGUAUGUUCAUAAAUCCUGUACUGUGUUCUGUUAAAAUAUUGGUGCAUGAAUUUAUUUUCAAUUAGCAAAGUAUAAGAAAUACAUCAUUUGAAA